CGCAGCCUAAAAAACUAAACCCCAAACGCGCCACCACACUGUGAGAGUGAAGUGAGUCAGCAAUGGCCGUCUGCCACCACCAAUCACCCUUCAAGCUCUUCGCACCUCUCCCACCCCCAAACCCAAAACCCAUCUUCCGAUGCAAUCUCUCCCUCCCCUCCCGCCCCACCGUCCUCACCGCCGACCCCGAACCCCUCUUCACCUCCGUCAAGGCCUUCGCCCCCGCCACCGUCGCCAACCUCGGCCCCGGCUUCGACUUCCUCGGCUGCGCCGUCGACGGCCUCGGCGACUUCGUCUCCCUCACCGUCGACCCCCAGGUCCUCCCCGGAGAGAUCGCCAUUGCCGAGAUCUCCGGCGACCAUAACUCCAAGAAGCUGAGCAAGAAUCCCCUCUGGAACUGCGCCGGGAUCGCCGCCAUCGAGGUCAUGAAGAUGCUCGGCGUCCGCCGCGUCGGCCUCUCCCUCUCUCUCGAGAAAGGUCUGCCUUUGGGCAGCGGACUCGGAUCUAGCGCCGCCAGCGCAGCCGCCGCCGCCGUCGCGGUCAACGAGAUUUUCGGCGGGAAGCUAGGGGUGGAGGAGCUGGUCCUCGCCGGGCUCAAAUCGGAGGAGAAGGUCUCCGGUUACCACGCCGAUAACAUCGCUCCGGCGUUGAUGGGAGGCUUUGUUCUGGUUCAGAAUUACGAGCCGUUGGAUUUGCUCCGGCUGAGUUUUCCGGUUGAUAAAGAGCUGAUUUUUGUGCUUGUCAGCCCGGAUUUCGAAGCUCCGACGAAGAAAAUGAGGGCGGCGCUGCCGGCGGAGAUAGGGAUGGCUCACCACGUGUGGAAUUCCAGCCAGGCCGGAGCUCUGGUGGCUGCGGUGCUUCAGGGUGACGUGACGAGGCUAGGGAAGGCGUUGUCUUCGGAUAAGAUUGUGGAGCCAAAGAGAGCUCCGCUGAUUCCGGGCAUGGAGGCUGUGAAGAAGGCUGCCAUUGAGGCCGGAGCUUUCGGCUGCACGAUCAGCGGGGCCGGCCCCACGGCGGUGGCGGUGACUGACAAUGCUGAAAGGGGGAAGGAAAUCGGAGAGAGGAUGGUGGCUGCUUUCUUGAAAGAUGGGAACUUGAAAGCUGUGGCGAGUGUGAAUAGGCUGGACAGAGUUGGUGCUAGGCUUGUUAGUAGCAUUCCCAGAUGAAGGGAUGUCGGAAUUUGACGUGUGCUUUUGUAGAUGAUGAUUCAUGACCAUUUCCAUAUGCUUCUGAAUAAACGCUUAAUAUAAAGGAAUUCUGUGGAGAAAAGAAAGGAACAAGUUAGGAUUCUCCUCACUCGAACCAGGUCUUUCAUUCUUUGUAUAUGGAGCUUUGGGUUACUUGUCUUUUUGGGAGGGAACCAAGUAUUUG